UGAACGAAUAGCUAUUCAAAGACUAUGUCGGGCCACGACGAGGAUGCGAACUCGGUUUCCGCACAGCUUGCGGGGCUUGACCUGACCAACCUCUACGGGUCCAUUGACAAACACAAUGUGCACGGCCUGAACUUGACCGUCCCAGAAGAUGCGCAGAACAUCAUCAAGCCGUGGGACGAGCGGGAAGACACUGCCCAGUUCGCCGAGUCCGGCGUCGACGAUCAAGUCAUAAUACACGUCCCGUUCACGCAGAACGUCCGACUGCGGUCAAUAUUGCUAAAGCUGGGCAGGGGCGAGAUGACGCCUCGACGGCUGCGGAUAUACGCGAACCGCACCACCAUCGUCGAUUUCGCCGAAGCUGAGGACAUCACGCCGCAGCUAAAUAUCAGCUUGCUCGAGGGCGAGGUCACCGUGCAGGAGUACCCGCUACGUGCCGCGUCAUUCGCGAACGUGCACUCCCUUUCACUGUUCUUCAGCGAAGCAGUCGGCGGCGAGACGCUGCGCUUGUACUAUAUCGGCUUCCGUGGUGACAGCCGUUCCCAACGCAAAGACGCCACCGAGAAGUUGGAGAUCCCCGCAGCUAAUGCCCCCGACGCACGGAUAAUAGAUCGUCUGCAGGAGAAGUCGGGAGGUCAGCAGACGACCGCGAGGUAGACGUGUAAGUAUCUCGUUGGGAGGUACAGGAAGGAAGGCGUAGAGGAUCUGUAUCAUUACAAAUGUAUGCAAUACCAGGCUCAACUUCGCG